AAAUUUUCGUUUACGCCAAUGGUCAUCAGUCUUAGCUCAGCUGUUGACCUGAGCAAUACGUUUUUCGUGCGUCUCAACUUCCUUUCUAAAUAAGAUCAGUAGGGCAAAUGUUUUAAGAACACAAAUAGAACAGCAAUAUUGUAUCUUACUUGCGUCGAAGAUUUUCCACCCUAGGACUGUGAUGCUCUAAGUAGAAGAAAUGGAUGAAUCUCUGCAAUCAGAUAUCUGUCGUGUUUGUCGCUGUGAGGGAACAAUCGAUAGGCCUCUGUUUCAUCCAUGUAUUUGCACUGGUAGCAUAAAGUUCAUCCACCAAGAAUGUUUAGUCCAAUGGCUACGGUAUUCUAGAAAAGAAUAUUGUGAGCUGUGCACACAUAGAUUUUCUUUCACUCCAAUUUACUCUCCAGACAUGCCUAAAAGACUGCCUCUAAAAGACAUACUUUCUGGCCUGGUAUCCAGCCUUGCUAGAGCCAUUAGAUUUUGGCUUCAUUACACACUUGUUGCCAUGGCCUGGCUAGGAAUUGUUCCUUUGACAGCCUGCCGGAUCUAUCGUUGUCUCUUUACAGGAUCUGUCUCCUCUGUUUUAACUCUUCCCUUGGAUAUGUUGUCAUCAGAACAUGUGGCAACAGAUAUUUUGCAUGGGUGUGUUGUAGUCCUGUGCACCUUGUGUGCUUUCAUAGGACUGGUUUGGCUAAGAGAACAGAUUCUUCAUGGAGGUGGCCCUGAUUGGUUGGAACAGGAUAUUCAGAAUGAAGUAUCGUUGUCAGAUCCAGUUUGUCCGAUUACAUUUUUUUUAACGAUCAUCGUGUUUCUCGUUCAGGAACAUGUCGAAAUGGAUCAACCGCCCGAAGGUCCUGUAGUUGACGCGGAAGUUCGUCUACAGAAUAAUGGUCAAGUGGAUGUAGAUGCAGAUGCCGUAGGAGAAGCUAAUAUUCCAGCUCCUAAUAACGCUGCACAGCAAGCGCAGCUCCAAGGUCAAGCACAAGACGAUGUUAACUGGAACCUGAUGGAAUGGGAUAGGGCAGAGGAACUGACCUGGGAACGUCUUCUUGGUCUAGAUGGCUCGCUGGUGUUCCUGGAACACGUAUUUUGGGUUGCGUCUCUUAACACUUUAUUCAUCCUCGUUUUUGCAUUUUGCCCCUAUCACAUUGGACAUUUUACAAUCGUUGGUUUCAAAAUGAAAGAUUGGGUUUCGGCAUGUCACUUCGAGGGCCUAUUAACAACUCUUUGUGGCUAUGUGGUCAUUGGUCUUUUUCUAGUUCUUCUUCACGGCGUCACUUCUCUUCUUCGAUUACGAAGGCCAAAACGUAUACUGGGGCUCUGUUAUGUUGUAGUAAAGGUCUCACUACUGACUGUAGCCGAAAUCGGCGUCUUUCCUAUAGUCUGUGGUUGGUGGCUUGAUAUAUGCAGCCUGCCCCUUGUUGAUGCAACAUUUAAAGACCGAUUGCACAACUUCAGCCAAGCACCUGGGACGUCGAUGUUUCUUCAUUGGUUAGUGGGCAUAUUAUGCGCAUUUUACUUUGCAUCGUUCGUAUUGUUGCUACGUGAAGUUUUAAGGCCUGGGGUGUUGUGGUUUCUUCGUAAUUUAAAUGAUCCAGACUUCAACCCAGUUCAGGAGAUGAUCCAUCUCCCAAUCGUUCGACAUUUGAGACAAUUUGCUGCUUCUUUGGUGAUUUUCGGCACAAUUGUCUUUUUGAUGCUAUGGGUUCCAAUUCGACUUUUGCAGAGGGGCAUGCCGAGUUUUUUGCCCUACUAUAUCGUCAAUUCGACCGACACCCAAGUCUCAGAAUAUUCUUUGGAGUUGUUGUUGUUGCAAGUGAUCAUGCCUUGCUUGUUGGAACAAAAUCACGCUCGACAGUGGUUACUUUAUGGACUGAGAAUGUGGUGUCUAGCUGUGUCCUGGCUGUUGGGCCUCCGUUCAUAUUUGCUUGGAGAUGUGGCUAGCUCUAGUGAGACUGGAGGAGGACAGGCUCAUCACAAUAACCAAGGAGUAAUAGUCGGUGAAAAUGUUGAAGAAGGGGAAUAUAACAAUCAAAUCCAUGAACCUAAUAAUGAACAAGUUGACGCACCGGCGGCUCCAGCGGAACCUGCUGUUGCAGCUGUUCCACAAGAUGGAAAUAUUCGUUUUGGAGGAGUACCGUUUCGUAACGGAGGAUUAGGAGCCGCCCACCAAGCCCUUCUCCAGCGUGAGGGUCCUGCUGGCUACGUACCGUAUUUACGACCAUCUGUUUUUUUUAUUAGGAUUCUCCUCCUCCUUCUUACCAUGUGCAUUAGCUUGUCAAUUGCUAGCACAAUUUUUCUCACCCUUCCUGUUUGGAUUGGGCGCCUGUUAAUGGAAACGUUUUAUGGAGCUGGACCUCACCACGAAUUGUACACGGCAUUCACCGGUUUAUAUUUUUGCUGGCUGGUUCUCCGCGGGAUUCACGUUUUUUCUAAUUUGGUUCCUCGAGGAUGGUCAAAUGUUUUUGUUCGUAUCAAGUCCUACACCAUUUUGGUACUAAAGUGCAGUGUGGCGUUUUCUCUCUUAUUGGGCGUCAUACCCUUGAUGUUCGGGCUUCUGUUAGAUCUCGUUGUUGUAGUUCCACUGCGUGUUGCCGUCAACCAAUCACCCAUCUUUUCUCUGUCCCAGGACUGGAGUCUUGGUGUUCUAUAUACGAAAAUAGUUUGCGGUUUGACAAUGAUGUCGCCAGACUGGUGGCUGAAACAUUCGUUAGAGAAGUUGUAUCAAGAUGGAAUUCGAAGAAUGAAUUUGACCUUUGUUCUAUGCGAGCUUGCCAUUCCUGCUAUAGUAACUCUCGGUUUGGCAUUGGCCCUUCCGUACGUCGUAGCUCAUUCGAUCGUCCCAUUUUUUGUUCCUAGCCGACAACUUAGAGCUCUUAUCGCUCGAAGAGUAUAUCCAUCAUUUCUGGUCGUUAUUCUUUUGAUGGUAUUCUCAGUCUGGCAAUUGAAACAAUUCAAAAGACUUUAUGAGCACAUUAAGAAUGAUAAGUAUUUGGUGGGGCGCCGGCUGGUCAACUACAAUCACAGGAUUGACAGGAACGAAAAUGCUCAGACUACAUGAUCAUUUGAACAACUUUAACUGGGCAUGGCGACCGUGUUGUAUGAAGUAUGUACAUUACAAUUUUCCUUUGGCGCUUUGAACUUUUCAACUUUGAUCAUUAUAAAUACAAUGUUAUGAAAAA